AGAUUUUUUCCACCAACUUUGCUGUCAAAAACCAUUUUUCUUCAUUCUUUUCUUUUGAAAAAAAUUUUAACCGAACGAAAGUCCGGAAGUUUUUUUCGGAAAAGUUUGCAAUUUAUAAAUCAAUUAAUAAGUUUUAUUAAAAAUCAAUCAAAAAAUUGUGCAGCAAAAAAGUUGCUCGAUAAAACCUGCAACCUGAAAGAAAACCAAAGAAGUUUUUUUGUGUUUUCUUUAUUUGAAAAAAGUCAAUAGAGGUGGUGGUGGUAUUGGACUGUCCUAACAACAUAAAAAACCAAUAAAACUUUAAUUUAAAAAAGUGAAUAUUACAACGAAUAUUUUUGCGUAAAAAGAGUGAGAAUUUUUCGAUAAAAAUAUAGUUUUUAUUGAAAACUAUUAUAAUGUCAGCUGUUCAAGUUGAAAUGGAACAAAAUAAUAAUGAGGACCAACAACAGAAAGCAUGUGGUGCUGAGGGUGGUGGUGCCUGCAAUACCACGGCUUCGACUGUGACGUCAAAUAGCACUUCUGCUACACCUGCUUCUGCCACUUCGGAAGCUGGCAAAGACACCAAUGCUCAGGAUGAAAAAGUGAUUUUAGCCGAUAAAUAUAAAAUUCAGGGAAAUGAUUAUCUUAAAGCUAAAGAUUUCUCUAAAGCGAUUGAAAUGUACACCAAAGCUAUAGAUUUAAUACCAACAAAUGCAAUUUUCUAUGCUAAUCGUUCAUUGGCUCAUUUGAGACAAGAGAGCUUUGGAUUUGCUUUACAGGAUGGUAUUGCUGCCGUUAAAGCAGAUCCAACCUACCUUAAAGGCUAUUAUCGCAGAGCAGCGGCACAUAUGUCAUUGGGUAAAUUCAAACAGGCACUUUCGGAUUAUGAAUAUGUAUCAAAAUGCCGUCCCAAUGAUAAAGAUGCUAAAUUAAAAUAUACCGAAUGUAAUAAAAUCGUUAAAAUGAGAGCAUUUGAAAGAGCUAUUGCUGUUGAUAAACCAGAGAAAACUUUAUCGGAAAUGUUUAGAGAUUUAGAGAACAUUGCCAUUGAGGAUGAUUAUAAGGGACCUGCGUUAGAAGAUGGUAAAGUGACUUUGAAAUUUAUGUUAGAACUAAUGGAACAUUAUAAACAACAAAAGAAAUUACAUCGCAAAUAUGCUUACAAGAUCCUAUGCGAUAUUGAUAGUUAUAUGCGUACUCAACCUUCAAUGGUGGAUAUAAGUGUGCCCGAUGAAUCUAAAUUCACCAUUUGUGGUGAUAUUCAUGGUCAGUUUUAUGAUCUUAUGAAUAUCUUCGAAAUUAACGGCUUACCCUCUCCAACGAAUCCGUAUUUGUUUAAUGGUGAUUUUGUCGAUAGAGGCUCAUUUUCGGUGGAAUGCAUAUUCACCUUAUUUGGUUUUAAAUUGUUGUAUCCCAAUCAUUUCUAUUUAUCUAGAGGUAAUCACGAAAGUAUAAAUAUGAAUCAAAUGUAUGGUUUUACCGGUGAAGUUACUGCUAAAUACACAAGCACUAUGGCUGAUAUGUUUACGCAAGUUUUUAAUUGGCUGCCCUUGUGUCAUUGCAUCAACAAGAAAAUAUUGGUUAUGCAUGGUGGACUUUUCUCUAGCGAUACUGUUACUCUAGACGAUUUAAGACGUAUUGAACGUAACUGCCAACCCCCGGAAGAUGGUCUUAUGUGCGAGCUUUUAUGGUCGGAUCCACAACUAAGUUAUGGUCGCGGUCCUUCAAAACGUGGUGUUGGAAUACAAUUCGGUCCGGAUGUUACUGAAACUUUCUGUAAACAUAAUAACUUGGAUUAUAUUGUACGUUCACAUGAGGUUAAGGAUAUGGGCUAUGAUGUAUCACAUGAUGGCAAAUGUAUAACGGUAUUUUCGGCACCCAAUUACUGCGAUACCAUGGGCAAUUUAGGUGCUUUUAUAACAAUCAAAGGCAAUGAUUUAAAACCUAAUUUCAAGUCAUUUGAAUCAGUGCCACAUCCUGAUGUUAAACCUAUGGCUUAUGCAAAUAGACUUAUGAGCUUAUUGACGUAGUCAUUUUGUUAAUAUUUCUUAUGGCUCUAAUGUUUUCAAAACAAUUUUUAAGCAAAGCAAAAAAAAAAACAAUUACGCUAAAUUCUUUUUACAAAAA